AUGAAGGUCCUUCUUAUUCUCUACGAUGCCGGCUCCCACGCCAAGGACGAGCCCAAGCUGCUUGGAUGCACCGAGAACGAGCUUGGUAUUCGAGACUGGCUCGAGUCGCAGGGCCACACUCUCGUCACCACCUCUUCCAAGGACGGUGCCGACUCUGUGCUUGACAAGGAGAUUGUUGACGCUGAUGUAGUCAUCACCACCCCGUUCCACCCCGGCUACAUCAACAAGGAGCGAAUUGACAAGGCCAAGAAGCUCAAGAUCUGCAUCACCGCCGGUGUCGGCUCCGACCACGUGGACCUCGAUGCUGCCAACGCCCGAAACAUUGCCGUUCUCGAGGUCACCGGCUCGAACGUCCAGUCCGUCGCUGAGCAUGUUGUCAUGACCAUGCUGGUGCUGGUCCGAAACUUUGUCCCUGCCCACGAGCAGAUUAUUUCUGGCGGCUGGGACGUUGCUGCGGUUGCCAAGGACUCUUACGAUCUCGAGGGCAAGGUCAUCGGUACCGUUGGAGGCGGUCGAAUCGGCCAGCGAGUGCUCAAGCGAUGCAAGCCCUUUGACCCCAUGGAGAUGCUCUACUACGACUACCAGGCUAUGCCAGCUGAUGUGGAGAAUGAGAUUGGAUGCCGACGAGUCGAGUCUCUGGAGGAGAUGCUCUCUCUCUGUGACGUUGUAACCAUCAACUGUCCUCUCCAUGCCUCCACCAAGGGUCUCUUCAACAAGGAGCUCAUUUCCCACAUGAAGGACGGCGCUUGGCUCGUCAACACUGCUCGAGGAGCCAUCUGCGUCACCGAGGACAUUGUCGACGCUCUCGAGUCCGGCAAGAUCCGAGGCUACGGUGGUGACGUCUGGUUCCCCCAGCCUGCCCCCAAGGACCACCCCUGGAGAACCAUGCGAAACAAGUACGGCGGUGGAAACGCCAUGACUCCCCAUAUCUCCGGUACUUCCAUCGACGCCCAGGGCCGAUACGCUGAGGGUACCAAGAAGAUUCUUGAGGUCUUUUUCUCUGGCAAGCAGGAUUACCGCCCCCAGGACAUUAUCUGCAUCAACGGUCACUACGGUACCAAGGCUUACGGUGACGACAAGGAGCACAAGGCCCACGUUUCCAAGUAG